AUGCUGACAGAGCUACGAUGCUGUCGUGUUAUUUCAUGUAUGAAGGAUCAACAUUUACAAGUGGAUGAUUUUGUGCUUGAUUAUUACAAAAAGGAGUACUGUGAGACUUGCUAUUCACCAAUGAUUUAUCCAUUUAAUGGAGAAUCUCUUUGGACAAAAACAAAUGUUGUUAAUCUGCAACCAUCCCCCAUAAAAAGGAUGUCUGGUAGACCCAAGAAGAAAAAGAACAAGGAGGUUGGGGAACAAGUGAGAAAUGAGACACAACUCAAAAGGGAAAAUUUUGGUAUCAAAUGCAGUAGGUGCCAUAAGGAUGGUCAUAAUAAAGCCACUUGCAAGUUGCCUACAACUGCUAUGACUUCAAGCCAACCACAACCAUCUGCUAGCUCAGUCUAA